AUUCCAGGCGCUGUGCUUCCUGCUGCGCACCUCGGAGCCAACAUGGCAAAAUGCGGAGCGUGCGGCCCAGGAUACGCAACUCCCCUGGACGCCAUGAAAGGUCCCCGGGAAGAGAUUGUCUACCUGCCCUGCAUCUACAGGAACACCGGCAUCCAGAAGCCGGACUACCUGGCCACUGUGGAUGUUGACCCCAAAUCCCCACACUAUUGCCAGGUCAUCCACCGCCUGCCCAUGCCCAACCUGAAAGACGAGCUCCAUCACUCGGGGUGGAACGCCUGCAGCAGCUGCUUUGGGGACACCACAAAGAGUCGCAAUCGUCUCAUUCUCCCAUGCCUGAUCUCAUCCCGCAUUUACGUGGUGGAUGUGGGCACAGACCCACGAGCCCCCAGAAUCCAUAAGACUGUGGAGCCUGUGGAGCUGUUCUGGAAGGGGAACGUGGCAAAUCCCCACACCUCCCACUGUCUGGGCAGCGGUGACAUCCUGAUCAGCUGCUUGGGAGAUCCUUCUGGCAAUGGGAAAGGUGGCUUUGUUUUGCUGGAUGGAGAGACCUUUGAAGUGAAGGGUAAUUGGGAGAAAGGAGGGAAGUGCCCUCCCUUUGGUUACGACUUCUGGUACCAACCACGGCACAACGUCCUGAUAAGCACUGAGUGGGGGGCCCCCAAAGUCCUGGCAUAUGGGUUUAACCCAGUGGAUGUCGAGAACGGGCAUUACGGCCGCCGCAUCAACGUGUGGGACUGGAGCUCCCACACCUACCUUCAGGCAAUUGACCUAGGGAAGGACUCCAUCCCUCUGGAAAUUCGGUUCCUCCACAACCCUGAUGCUGCAGAAGGAUUUGUUGGAUGCGCUCUGAGCGGAACCGUGCAUCGCUUCUACAAGACAGAGAAAGGAGACUGGGCAGCAGAGAAGGUGAUUGAAGUACCCAAAAAGAAAGUGCAGGGAUGGCUCCUCCCUGACAUGCCUGGUCUCAUCACUGACAUCCUCAUCUCGCUGGACGACAGAUUUCUCUACUUCAGCAAUUGGCUGCAUGGCGACAUCCGUCAGUAUGACAUCUCCAACACGCGCCAGCCCAAACUGGUGGGGCAGGUGUUCCUGGGAGGCAGCAUCGUAAGAGGUGGACCUGUGACUGUGGUGGAAGACAAGGAGCUGCAGUGCCAACCAGAGCCGUUUGUGAUCAAAGGGAAGAGGGUGCAGGGCGGACCGCAGAUGAUUCAGCUCAGUUUGGAUGGGAAGAGGCUGUACGUCUCCACCUCUCUCUACAGCGGAUGGGACAAACAGUUCUACCCAGAUCUUGUCAAGGAGGGCUCCGUUAUGCUGCAGGUCGAUGUGGACACUGAAAGAGGUGGAUUGAAAGUCAAUACAAACUUCCUGGUGGAUUUUGGGAAGGAGCCCGACGGGCCGGCACUGGCUCAUGAGAUUCGUUACCCCGGUGGUGACAGCACCUCGGACAUCUGGAUAUAAGUGUCACUUCAGCAUUAUUUCAUUUCAAAGAGCGUAAAUAAUACAAAACAAUACAAGAUCUCUGCAGGGAGCAGCAGCGUCACCUGCCUGGAAGUCACUCGGUGAGGGAUUUCUCAUUGCUGCAGCCACUGCUGUUCCCACUGAGCAGAAUAGCAAUCAUACACCACUCCCGUUGUGCAUGGAAGGCUCAGAUUUGUUCGGAAAUCAUUUGCUACAUUCAGUACUACCGGAGCCCAUAUAUAUAUAUAUAUUUAUUUUCCAACUAUUUCCAACUGUACGACCGAUUUCUGAACGUGGUGAUCCCCCACGGCCACACGAGGGCAGACCACAACCUGCAUUGCACUGCUGCACAUCCAUCCGCGCCAUACGAACGCGCAGUACAUAAAGUCCCCAAAUCACAAACUAGAGAAGGAAGGGAAAAGCAAAGCGGAAGAGGUGACUGGAAUUAAAAUAUUUCAUUGUUUCCCAGCACCUGCAAAGCUGGAUACUGGGAAAGGUGAGCAGUGGGGGAGUGCUUCUCAUGAUCCCAGGAGGAAAGCCAAUGGGUCUCACUGCGCUGAUGGGAUCUGUCCCCAUAGCAGAUUGGGCCAGGUGGGAAGGGGGAGAACACCUACCCUGGAGAGCUGGAGGAGGAUUGGAGAGGGCUCCCAUCCUUGGGCGAGUUCUUGCUUGGGUGCUCUGAGCAGCCCCGAUGUCCUUGGUGAAGCAAGGUCUUCGCCCAACACCCUCAGCGUGCUGUGCCCGUGUGCACCAGAUUGCAUCACCUCCCCAUACCCAUUAUCCAAAUUAUAGCAUGUUCUUCCUUAUCAGGGUAGGAAGUGAUGGGCAGAAGGAGGGAAGCAGCUGCCACCUCAGGGUGGGCUGUCCUGAGAAGCCCCGAUUGCUCUCCAUGUUGCAGCUUGUCAUCGGUGCUGGCCACAGAGAGCUUUUCUUGGUUCGAUAACAGCUCACACUGAUGCUGCUCCCCGCUAACCAUCGCCUUCUUGCUCGUUGGUGUUGCUGAGCCUGCUCUUCCCCUUCCUCCAAACAGGUUUAAUUAGAAAAUUCUACACCCCACAGCUUGGUUUUGUGAGGGAUGCCAAAGACGUCACCAAGGAAAGUCAAAUGGGAUGACCAGCAAACUUUAUUAAUGCGUAGAAGACUAAUGAUCUUUCUAAUUAGCAGUUGUGCAGAUGCAAGAAGGUACAGAGAGGCAUGCAGCAAAAGCAUGCUGUCAGGGGCCGCAACUGACCCCUGAAACUGCCUCUGAUGGAGCAGCAGCUUCUUGUGCAGGGCUGUGCUUCGUGCCAUCCAGGCCAUCACUGACCAUAGUGAGCCAGGUCCAAAGCCUGAGCCUUUGCUCCUGCACUUGUGUCACAACAGCCCCAUGCAUCGAUAUGGGUAAGGGCAGAGUGUAUGAAAGCUGCAGAGAAGAGAAGGAUCUGGGGGUGUUAGCUGACAGCUGGCUGAACAUGAGCCAGCAGUGCACUCACAUGGCCAAGGAUGCCAAGAGCCUCUGGGCUUAUAUCAGAAAUAGCGCAGCCAGCAGCAGGAGGUGAUCAUCCCAUUGGGGUCAGACUCUGUCCCCAGGUAAUGAUCGGAUGAGAGGUGAUGGCCUCAAGUUGCACCAGGAGUUGUCCAGGUUUCAUAUUUGGAAAAGCUUCUCUGAAAGAGUGGCGAUGCACUGAAACAGGCAGCCCAGGGAGAGGAUGGAGACACUGUCCCUGGAGCUGCUCAAGGUGCGGCUGUUACACGGUGCUGGAUUACCCCAAAGCUUCAUGGCUUCAUCUCAGCACUCAGACAGAGACGUGCUGUGUGUCAGGGUCCACAUUUCAGCGGCCUCGCUGAGCUCAAGGCUCGUCAUUUCCAGCAGCUGCUGGUGGGGCCAAUUAUCUAGAUGGGCUUCUCAUCCCUCAUGUGGAAUUUGCAGGCUCUGCACAUUGGUAUGGCAAAAACCUGGGGGUGGGGGACAGCAUUAAUUAGACGAUGUCCUGCCUGGGCCAUGGAGGCCAGCAGGGCCUGGCCAAGUCCCACUGGGGAUGAGCAGAGCCCCACAAUCUGAUAGCAUGGCUUGUGCCUGAGGAAAGGACCUGCAUGGAGCUGCAGAUUUUUCCUCUAGAUUGCUGGGUAGCAAGGCGGAAACAAGCCACAGCGCUGGUCUGGCACCUCCCAACGCUUGGGAGCGUUCGCUCCUCCCUUGGCAGCUUGCUCAGUGCCCCCCACCCCUCAGUGCCGGGUAUAUAAGGCCCCUCAGAGCCCUGCCACUACACAUCCACUCCAGUGAGGCAGACAGAAGCUGCUCCUCCAGCUCCAGCACCUCUGUCUUGGUGAGAGUGAACCCGAAGACCUUCAGCAU